AGUCGCCUUCUAGACGCCGGCUAUGCUAUUACUUUUACUUUUGUUGCCCUCAUUCUAUUCAACUUUAUCAACGAAUUAUACAAUGGACGGUGACGUUAUAUUAGGAGGCCUUUUUCCCAUGCAUGAAAGUGGGAACAGUUCUGAGAAACCAUGCGGAAACCUGAAAGCAGAGAAAGGUAUCCAAAGGAUGGAAGCUAUGAUGUUCGCCGUCAAGAAAAUAAAUAGUGAUAAUAAAUUAUUGCCAAAUAUCACUUUGGGUGUUCAUAUUUUAGACACUUGCUCCAGCGAUACCUACGCCUUACAAGAAUCUAUAGUAUUUAUAGAACCUUAUAUGACUAAGGAUCGUUGCCCCAACACGAACGCAACGAAAUUAAAAAGAGUUGCCGGAGUUAUUGGUGCUUCAAAUAGUGCCGUGUCGAUUAUGGUUGCAAACAUUCUACGGUUGUUUGAGUCGUUUUCACUAAGAAACGACAUGAUGCUAUCAAACGAUUCGCUCGUGUUUGUCCUUUGA